AUGGGGGAGGGUGCUCAGGGCCCAGAAUUCAGCCUUGACCCUGACCCUUGCCCUCCCCGACCCACCCAAGGGCUCAUGAAGGGGGACAAGCUAGAGGAGCAAGACCCCUGCCCCCGCCAGCCCAUCCAAGGGCUCAUGAAGGGGGACAAGCUCGAGGUGGAAGGACCGGGUCCCGAACCCACGGCCCCCCAGCAGCCCACGGAGGAGGAGGAGGCCCUGAUCGAGUUCCACCGCUCCUACCGAGAGCUCUUCCAGUUCUUCUGCAACAACACCACCAUCCAUGGUGCCAUCCGCCUGGUGUGCUCCCAGCACAACCGCAUGAAGACGGCCUUCUGGGCGGUGCUGUGGCUCUGCACCUUCGGCAUGAUGUACUGGCAGUUCGGCCUGCUUUUCGGCGAGUACUUCAGCUACCCCGUCAGCCUCAACAUCAACCUCAACUCGGACAAGCUCGUCUUCCCCGCCGUUACCGUCUGCACCCUCAACCCCUACAGGUAUGCCGAAAUUAAAGGGGAGCUGGAGGAGCUGGACCACAUCACAGAGCAGACGCUCUUUGACCUGUACAAGUACAACUCCUCCAACACCGUCGCGGCCCGUCCCCGCGGCCGGCGCGACCUCCGGGAGACUCUACCGCACCCCUUGCAGCGCCUGCGGGCCCCGCCCCCGCCGCACGGGGCCCGCCGAGCACGUAGCGCGGCCUCCGGCGUGCGAGACAACAACCCCCAAGUGGACUGGAAGGACUGGACGAUCGGCUUCCAGCUGUGCAACCAGAACAAAUCCGACUGCUUCUACCAGACCUACUCGUCAGGGGUGGACGCAGUGAGGGAGUGGUACCGCUUCCACUACAUCAACAUUCUGUCCAGACUGUCGGACACCUUGCCACCCCUGGAGGAGGACCUGCUGGGCAACUUCAUCUUUGCCUGCCGCUUCAACCAGGUGUCCUGCAACCAGGCGAAUUACUCUCAUUUCCACCACCCGGUGUAUGGGAACUGCUACACUUUCAACGACAAGAACAACUCCAACCUCUGGAUGUCCUCCAUGCCUGGGAUCAACAAUGGUCUGUCCCUGAUGCUGCGCACAGAGCAGAACGACUUCAUUCCCCUGCUGUCCACGGUGACGGGGGCCAGGGUGAUGGUGCACGGGCAGGAUGAGCCCGCCUUUAUGGAUGAUGGUGGCUUUAACGUGCGGCCUGGCGUGGAGACCUCCAUCAGGGGUUCACAGGAAGCCUUGGACAGACUUGGGGGCAAUUAUGGUGACUGCACCAAGAACGGCAGCGAUGUCCCUGUCAAGAACCUUUACCGUUCCAAGUACACGCAGCAGGUGUGCAUCCACUCCUGCUUCCAGGAGAGCAUGAUCGAGCAGUGUGGCUGCGCCUACAUCUUCUAUCCGCGGCCCCGGGAUGUGGAGUACUGCGACUACAGGAAGCACAGUUCCUGGGGCUACUGCUACUAUAAGCUUCAGGUUGACUUCUCCUCGGACCGCCUGGGCUGUUUUACCAAGUGUCGGAAGCCAUGCAGUGUGACCAGCUACCAGCUCUCUGCUGGUUACUCACGAUGGCCCUCGGUGACAUCCCAGGAAUGGGUCUUCCAGAUGCUAUCCAGACAGAACAAUUACACCAUCAACAACAAAAGAGACGGAGUUGCCAAACUCAACAUCUUCUUCAAGGAGCUGAAAUACAAAACCAAUUCCGAGUCUCCCUCUGUCACGAUGGUCACCCUCCUGUCCAACUUGGGCAGCCAGUGGAGCCUGUGGUUUGGCUCCUCGGUGCUGUCUGUGGUGGAAAUGGCCGAGCUCAUCUUUGACCUCCUGGGCAUCACCUUCCUCAUGCUGCUCCGGAGGUUCCGAAGCCGAUACUGGUCUCCAGGCCGAGGGGGCAGGGGUGCUCGGGAGGUGGCCUCCACUCCACCAUCCUCCUUCCCCUCCCGCUUCUGCCCCCACCCCACAUCCCCAUCCUUGGCCCAGCCUGGCCCUGCUCCCUUACCGGCCUUGGCAGCCCCUCCCCCUGCCUAUGCCACCCUGGGCCCCUGCCUAUCCCCAGGGGGCUCAGGCUCUGCAGGGCCCAGCUCCUCUGCCUGUCCUCUGGGGGAGCCCUGAGAGGGGACAGUGCUCCUCCCACCAAGGCAGGUGCUCCCCCUGGAGGGAGGAGCCCACCUUGGCAGGAUUAAAGGAUGUUAGGGACUUGCUCUCAGAGCCACCAACUGCCUUUGGUGUGGGAGGGAAGCAGGAUGGGUGAGGGGCUCCGGAAGUUGCCCAGAGGACAGUGGCCAAUGGAGCUGCCCAGAAUUUGCUUGGCUCCUGCCUGCACCCCUUGGUCCUGCCUCCGAACAGGAUUUCCCCACCCAAGUGCAGACCAGUCUCCUUUUCCCUUGGAUCAGCCAAGCCAAACUUGGAACUUUGACAAGGAACUUUCCUAGGAAACGACCGAUGACCUGAGCAAAACACAAACAAGAAUACACAAAGGCAUGCGCAGGUUUCCUACCCAAUGAUGACUAAAGCCAGCCCCAGAUUGGCCUGGACACACUGCUUUCCAGUGACACGGAUGUCUGCUCCUCUUCUUGAACUUGGGUGGGGAACCCCACCCAAAAGCCCCCUUUGUUAGUUCUUGGGCAAUUCCCCUUCCCUCACUCCCUAGCGCCGGGGCUGCAGCAGACCAAUGUGGUAAAGGCUUGGCUAUUCCCAGUCGGUCCCAGGAUUCCUCUAGCCUCAUACCCCAUCCCCCACAGAGCCAUACCCCAGUGCCUCUGCUCUGUGGUAUGUCUGCUCAAGCUAUUUCUUCAGCCUGGAAGCUUCCCCAGCUAUCUGCUGGAGAACUCCUAUGCAUCCCUCAGAACCCUCCUUAGACACCACAACUUUUGUGAAGGCUUCUGCCCCAGAACUAAUCACUCCCCUCCCCUGGGCUCCCACAGCACACUACAUAACAUAUACAGGAGUGCUGAUGUCACCUUAUACCUUCUUGUUCAUUUGUGUGUGCCUUCCCAAUUAGACUGUGAGCUCCUUAUGGUCAGGGUCUGAGUCUUGUUCAUUUAUGUAUGCUCCAGGUCUAGCCUAGCAUCUCGCUUGGAGCAAGUAGGCAGGUG